AUGGUGACGGGGAGCUCUGGCACAAAUCGGAUGCUGAGAAUACCCCAUAUCAAGGAGAUGAUAUACGAGAACCGAAUGUCUUAUGCUGAGAAACAUGGCCUCGAGUUCAUGUGGGCCAACAUGACCAGCUACAACCUUUCAAACGGUGUGACAAUAUACUGGAACAAAAUUCCUAUUCUUCAAGAAGCUUUCACUCAUUUCCCCGAAGCCGAAUGGGUCUGGUGGAUGGACGUCGACAUUAUCGUCAUGAACAUGUCGCUUAGUAUUUUCGAUCAUAUCUUAUCCAAGGAAGGACUAGCACGCAAUAUUAUGCUUGAUCGACCGAUGGCCGGACCUGGUGGUGGCAAGACCGGGUACCGUACCCCACCUGCGUACAAGUCUGACGAUAUCAACUUCGUCAUCUCCAUGGACUCAUGGGGUAUGAAUGUCGGCAAUUUUCUGAUGCGUCGUGGCGAUUGGAGCAAGUGGCUGCUGGAUCUGUGGAUUGAGCCACUGUAUAUCUCUCAGAACUGGAUAUUCCCAGAACAGGACGCUUGGACACAUAUGUGGCAGCACCACAAAAUUAUCAGGGAUCACACGGCAUGCAUGAAUCAGCGUUCAAUGAAUGCUUAUCCGGACUACAAUUUUCUGGGGGAGCACUGGCAGCCAGGUGACUACAUAGUCCACUUUGCAGGCUGUGGCGACGACCCCAUGUGCGAGAGCAGGUGGACAAAAUACUGGGAUACACGCGAAAAGGUUGAGGUGCCCUUGUCUGUAAAGACGAAGUUGGAAAAUGGCACGGCUAAAAUCGAGAGUGCCCAAAGGGGCGUCGGGCUGCCCAAUGACAUAUGA